UAAUCAGAGUCACAAAAUGCUUAGAAGAAAGCCAUCGAAAAUCGAAGUAAAGAUCGAAGACAGAGAAGAACUCGAGGAAGCUCGCCGCCGCAACGCCGCUGCCACUACCACCUCUGGCGCCGCCACUCUCCUCCGUCAGUUCGAUCGCGCUCAAGAUCCCUCUUCCAAAGCGCAUCGCAUUGGGCUCUCCUCCUAAAACCUUUUUGGCCAUCCUCUCUCACUCCCCUUCUCAAAUGGAGGUCGAAGUUAAGCUCCGUCUCGCAAACGCCCAAGCCCACCGCCACGUCACUACCCUCCUCUCUCCCUUCCACGUCACAACCCAUCGCCAGCAAAACCUAUUCUUUGACGGCGCCGAUUCAGAGCUCUCCUCGCGCCGCGCCGUUCUUCGGCUUCGCUUCUACGACGACGACACACGCUGUGUCGUUUCGCUCAAAGCCAAGGCGGUUCUGGUCGAUGGCGUGAGCCGCGUGGAGGAAGAUGAGGAGGAUUUGGAGCCCACAGUUGGUCGCGAGUGCGUUGCGGAGCCUGGGAAGUUGGGUUCGGUGGAGUCUAGGGUUUUGGGGAGGGUGAAGGAUGAAUUUGGGGUUGUGGGUGAAAGGGGUUUUGUGGGUUUGGGGGGUUUUGGGAACGUGAGGAGUGUGUAUGAGUGGAAAGGUUUGAAAUUGGAGGUGGAUGAGACCAAGUUUGAUUCUGGGACUUUGUAUGAGAUCGAGUGUGAGAGUGCUGAUCCUGAAGGAGCUAAGAGGCUUCUCGAGGACCUCUUAAAGGAAAAUGGCAUUGAUUAUUCUUACUCUACUGCAUCUAAAUUUGCGAUCUUUCGAUCUGGGAAACUUCCCUAGUCACCGUUGGUUGAAUGGAUAGCUAGACAGGCAAGUGCUCUGCAACUCUUACACAGAACCAUUUAUAUCUAUAUUUAUAUUCUGACAAGCAAUCCAUUGAUAUGUCUCAUUCUAAUUAAAAAACUGUGUCUAAAGUAAAUAAGGAGUACAUAUAUUAUUUGACAUUUGUUUUGGAUUUGGGUGCUACGUUAUGAAUGUCAAUGAAGUGUAUAUGCGACUAUCACUAUGAUUUUGGCAAAGCACUCAGCUCUCAAAUGUUAUAUCCACUAUUGCUUAGCAAUUUGUGGUAAGUUAACUGUCUUCGGUCUUCCCUAACCGAGUGACGGUAUAAUAUGGGUCUCUUGAUUUCUUAAAGCGAACUUCCCUCUAAUUGUGCUUACAUAUAUGUUGACUUGGCAAUAUAUGAUGUUGCUUUAGUUCUAAUUUUCAAGCGUAAAAGCAUAAUGUACAUUUUAAACUAAUAUGAAAAAUCAGCUGAACAAGGUUUACAAUUAUG